CGACUACACGGCAUCCCCACAGGCAUGGCGGAUGGCACAAGAUUCGAUGACAACUGCUGCUGCUAGAGCGGCCUGCCCCAUAGACCGACGGACGUCCCAUGUCAGUCACUUUAGGCAACUCGAACCAUGUCAACAGAGAGCUUUUGCUCUUUUUUUUCCUUUUUUUUACGAGUACAAGACACUGGAGAUAGCACAGAUUCUAGCUCAGUCGGUAGUCUCAUUGCGCGCCGAUACGGUGGCAGCGAUGUCGAGUGUGACAGCAGGGGGGGGGCGAGUGCGUGGCGGGGAGGUUGUUGAAGGCAGCAGAAGCGGAGUGGGUUGGAGCGACGGGCGGAGUGGCGGGCUGCCAGCUCUGCUGCGUGCACCGUCGCCCUCCUCGUUGUGCUCUAUGCCCUGCUGCCCGCACCGCGUUGCUGCUCGCCUCGCGGCGCUGCUUCUCGCUCGCUUGUAGCAAGGGUUCUCUCGCAUCCAUUCCUCUCGCAUCCAUUCCUCGCGCUGCUCCUCUCGCGCGCCUGCCGCCCGCCCGCUGCUCUCUCCGCUAUCCGCGCCGGCCGCUCGUUCAACACCUGCCGCCUGCAGCCGGCGCUGUUCCACUCACCAGCUGACGCAUGGACGUGCUUCAUCGAUGUGAUCGGCGUGAUGCUGACACGUGGACGUGCUUCAUGAAAUACGAUCGGCGAGAUUCCGCUGACAGCCAUGCCUCCCGCGCCAACUUCCCUCCCACCCGCUUCUUCCCUUCCUCAAGCUGCAUUGUCCUCCCAUCCACCCCAUCCACCCCAUCCACCCCAUCCGCCCCAUCCACCCCAUCCACCCCAUCCACCCCAUCCACCCCAUCCAUCCCAUCCGCCCCAUCCACCCCAUCCACCCCAUCCGCCCCAUCAACCCCAUCCACCCCAUCCGCCCCAUCCACCCCAUCCACCCAAUCCGCCCCAUCCACCCCAUCCACCCCAUCCACCCCAUCCGCCCCAUCCGCCCCAUCCACCCCAUCCACCCCAUCCACCCCAUCCGCCCCAUCCACCCCAUCCACCCCAUCCGCCCCAUCCACCCCAUCCAUCCCAUCCGCCCCAUCCACCCCAUCCACCCCAUCCGCCCCAUCCGCCCCAUCCACCCCAUCCACCCCAUCCACCCCAUCCACCCCAUUCACCCCAUCCACCCCAUCCACCCCAUCCGCCCCAUCCACCCCAUCCAACCCAUCCACCCCAUCCGCCCCAUCCACCCCAUCCAACCCAUCCACCCCAUCCGCCCCACCCACCCCAUCCGCCCCAUCCACCCCAUCCGCCCCAUCCACCCCAUCCACCCCAUCCACCCCAUCCGCCCCAUCCGCCCCAUCCACCCCAUCCACCCCAUCCACCCCAUCCACCCCAUCCGCCCCAUCCACCCGAUCCACCCCAUCCGCCCCAUCCACCCCAUCCGCCCCAUCCGCCCCAUCCACCCCAUCCACCCCAUCCACCCCAUCCGUACCAUCCGCCCCAUCCACCCCAUCCACCCCAUCCGCACCAUCCACCCCAUCCACCCCAUCCACCCCAUCCGCCCCAUCCACCCCAUCCACCCCAUCCACCCCAUCCGCCCCAUCCGCACCAUCCGCCCCAUCCACCCCAUCCGCCCCAUCCACCCCAUCCACCCCAUCCACCCCAUCCGCACCAUCCACCCCAUCCACCCCAUCCACCCCAUCCGCCCCAUCCACCCCAUCCACCCCAUCCGCCCCAUCCCCCCCAUCCACCCCAUCCGCCCCAUCCACCCCAUCCGCCCCAUCCACCCCAUCCACCUCAUUCACCCCAUCCACCCCAUCCGCCCCAUCCACCCCAUCCACCCCAUCCACCCCAUCCGCCCCAUCCACCCCAUCCACCCCAUCCACCCCAUCCGCUCCAUCCACCCCAUCCACCCGAUCCACCCCAUCCGCCCCAUCCACCCCAUCCACCCCAUCCACCCCAUCCCCCCCAUCCACCCCAUCCGCCCCAUCCACCCCAUCCGCCCCAUCCACCCCAUCCACCUCAUUCACCCCAUCCACCCCAUCCGCCCCAUCCACCCCAUCCACCCCAUCCACCCCAUCCGCCCCAUCCACCCCAUCCACCCCAUCCACCCCAUCCGCCCCAUCCCCCCCAUCCACCCCAUCCGCCCCAUCCACCCCAUCCGCCCCAUCCACCCCAUCCACCUCAUUCACCCCAUCCACCCCAUCCGCCCCAUCCACCCCAUCCACCCCAUCCACCCCAUCCACCCCAUCCGCCCCAUCCGCCCCAUCCACCCCAUCCACCCCAUCCACCCCAUCCGCACCAUCCACCCCAUCCACCCCAUCCACCCCAUCCGCCCCAUCCACCCCAUCCACCCCAUCCACCCCAUCCGCCCCAUCCGCACCAUCCGCCCCAUCCACCCCAUCCACCCCAUCCGCCCCAUCCACCCCAUCCGCCCCAUCCACCCCAUCCACCCCAUCCACCCCAUCCACCCCAUCCUCCCCAUCCGCCCCAUCCUCCCCAUCCACCCCAUCCGCCCCAUCCGCCCCAUCCAUCCCAUCCACCCCAUCCGCCCCAUCCGCCCCAUCCGCCCCAUCCACCCCAUCCACCCCAUCCACCCCAUCCACCCCAUCCGCCCCAUCCGCCCCAUCCACCCCAUCCACCCCAUCCACCCCAUCCACCCCAUCCACCCCAUCCACCCCAUACGCCCCGUCCACCCCAUCCACCCCAUCCACCCCAUCCCCCCAUCCACCCCAUCCGCCCCAUCCACCCCAUCCACCCCAUCCGCCCCAUCCACCCCAUCCACCCCAUCCACCCCAUCCACCCCAUCCACCCCAUCCACCCCAUCCGCCCCAUCCACCCAUCCACCCCAUCCACCCCAUCCGCCCCACCCCACCGCAUCCGCCCCAUCCACCCCCAUCCGCCCCAUCCACCCCAUCCACCCCAUCCACCCCAUCCGCCCCAUCCGCCCCCAUCCGCCCCAUCCACCCCAUCCACCCCAUCCGCCCCAUCCACCCCAUCCACCCCAUCCGCCCCGUCCACCCCAUCCACCCCAUCCACCCCAUCCACCCCAUCCGCCCCAUCCACCCCAUCCACCCCAUCCGCCCCAUCCACCCCAUCCACCCCAUCCCCCCAUCCACCCCAUCCACCCCAUCCGCCCCAUCCACCCCAUCCACCCCAUCCGCCCCAUCCACCCCAUCCGCCCCAUCCACCCCAUCCGCCCCAUCCACCCCAUCCGCCCCAUCCACCCCAUCCACCCCAUCCACCCCAUCCGUCCCAUCCACCCCAUCCACCCCAUCCACCCCAUCCACCCCAUCCGCCCCAUCCAACCCCAUCCACCCUAUCCUUCCCGUCCGCCCCAUCCACCCCAUCCGCCCCAUCCAACCCAUCCACCCCAUCCGCCCCAUCCGCCCCAUCCGCCCCAUCCGCCCCAUCCACCCCAUCCGCCCCAUCCACCCCAUCCACCCCAUCCACCCCAUCCGCCCCAUCCACCCCAUCCACCCCAUCUACCCCAUCCACCCCAUCCGCCCCAUCCACCCCAUCCAUCCCAUCCGCCCCAUCCACCCCAUCCACCCCAUCCGCCCCAUCCGCCCCAUCCACCCCAUCCACCCCAUCCACCCCAUCCCCCCCAUCCACCCCAUCCGCCCCAUCCACCCCAUCCACCCCAUCCGCCCCAUCCACCCCAUCCACCCCAUACGCCCCCACCAUCGCAUGCUGCACCCACCAUCGCAUGCUGCACCCACCAUCGCAUGCUGCACCCACCCGCCAUCGCAUGCUGCAUUCCCCCCAUCACAGCACCCCCGUUCCUCGUCACCCGCCGCUCUCCCCCGUCCAACCACCCAUGGCUAAUUUUGAGGCGCCUCAAAAAUAGACUCCUCUCUCAUCCCUCCCCUCCCGCAUCCCCUGUAUCCGCCCCUUUCUCCCUGCCUUCAGAAGUCCCCCCCGCACGGCACGGCACCCAUCAAUUGGUGGGCAUAAUGCCAUCACCACAUCAUCCGCGCUUGCCGACAUACCAAGCCAUGCCUUGCGAAGACACGCCAUACCAAGCCAUGCCAUGCUAAGACACGCCAUACCAAGCCAUGCCAUGCUAACACACGCCAUACCAAGCCAUGCCAUGCUAAGACACGCCAUACCAAGCCACGCCACGGCUGUCUCUCGUCGCAUCUGUGGCUGGGUGUGACCCUCCGAGUGGUGCACUGCUGAGUCAGCAGCAGCAGCGACGCCACACAAAGCGACGCCCAGCGACGGCAGACUGAGCGACGGCACACCAAGGCAGCAUGGCUUCCUGCUGCUUCGACUUUGAUGGUGCCGAUGGCGUUUAGCAGUCCAUUGUGCGUGCGGUGCAGUGCGGUGCAGGUAUGCAUGCAUACGCACACCCAUGCGCACGCACACAUGCACAUGCACAUGCGCACACACACAUGCACAUGCGCAUGCAUACAAACACAUGCUCUUCAUCACUUAAAAGUCUUUCUUGGUUAUUGUUUAUGUUCACACACCCAUGUCAUGCCACACACCCAUGUCAUGCCACACACCCAUGUCAUGCCACACACCCAUGUCAUGCCACUCACCCAUGUCAUGCCACUCACCCAUGUCAUGCCACACACCCAUGUCAUGCCACUCACCCAUGUCAUGCCACUCACCCAUGUCCCUCCCAACUGCUUCCUCUCUUUUCAUCUCCCCUACCCUCCCCCACCCUCCUCACACCAGCUAGCCUAGGCAGCACCAUGCACACGCAGACAUGCACAUGCAUUCAACUCCCCCACCCUCCGCACACCAGCUAGCCUAGGCUGCACCAGCAGCAUGCAUGAGACCCAUCCAUGAUCCAUUAUUCCACUUCUCACGACCAUUUCCCGACCCCACCGCAUGCGUUGCCGGGUGAAGCAGAGGGGGGUGGUGGGGUCGGGGCCAAAGGGAGGAUUGGCGCCAGGACUGUGGGUGCAGUGGUGGAUUUUGGCGUGAGUGCUGGGGGUGGUGAGCGCUGUGCCACUCCUAAUAUGCACACGUGCGGAGGUGUGUUUCGACGGUGAGCGCUGUGCACGGUGGAACGUGAUGAGCACUGCGCCGCGCAUCCUGUGCACUUGUGUGUGCCUGGCAAGGGAGGCUCCAGCCCCCCAUUCAGCACAGCCAUCUACCUCUCAGGUAUCCAGAGGCACAUGAGAGGGAAUGCAGCCUGCGGUCUGCAAGUGCCAUGGGCUGAGAACCUUGCAAGAGCAUGGGCGCUGAAGGGAGUGAGCAGUGGCAAGAGCAGGGGAGCAGGGGACUGGGCACAGCUUGGAGGGUACAGGGGUAUACACAAGUGUUCUGGCUGGCUGGUUGGCUGGCUGGCUGGCUGGUGCAGUGCAGUGCAGUGUAGUGCAGUGCAGUCUCUUAGUUUAUCAACAAGCAAUGUGACUUCCACCUUUAGACUGAGCUACUAUGGAUGCCCAGUAUCUCAUUUUCUUGAAGAAUCCUCCAGCCUUGCGUCA